CAUUGUUUAUGGGUAAUGAUUAAACAAAUAGAUUUGAGUAGAAAACAAACAGUAAAGUGUACUCACUGUGUUGUAACCUUGGGCCAAGCUGGAACUGCAGACUGGUUGGGAGUGGAGCGGUCCACAGUCUGAUUGGAAAAGCCCACAGGAGUUGUUUCCAAAACACAGGGAGAGUUUGGAGGGGCAGUGGCAGAGGGACCUUCAUCAUCACUGUCCCAGCUUAAGGUUUAACACAGCAUCUGCCUUCACAGGUGAAUGGGACUGUCUCUACCUGGUGACGAGUCUCUGCCCGACCAACCCGGAGAUGGCCGGACACUAACACCUGCCCUUUGGCUCUGAGGUCCCAGCACGGAUUGGGGCAACAUUGACUGAAAUGGCCAUGGCGAGAGUGUGGGAUUUGCUGGACCGAACCUGUCGUAUCCUUGGCAUCGUUACUGCAGCAGUUCUUCUGGGAGUUGGCACACACACUGCAGUGGAAGGGCAGUUCACAAAGCUCGCUGUUUACUUGCUAUUUGCAGCAGCAGUACUGAUCCUUCUGGAGGGCCCAUAUUUUAUUGACAUUGUGCUUGUUCAACACUGCCCCUCUGUCUACCAGAAAUCAAACACCAAGAUGUGGACUCUCUGGGAGAAAGCCCUCAGACCCAAUGGAUUCCAGAAGUUCCUGACAUUCAUCUUCCUGUCGGUGACUUGCUUCUUGCACCCUGUUCUAAUUUGGCACGCCACUAUUCCAGGCACCAUGCUGAUAGUGAGUGGUCUCGCAUACUUUGUGCUUAGCCUGAGGAAAACAUUUCAGACGAAGGUUGCAGAGGCGAUGGGGAGAGAGCAGUGUCCUGGGCAGUACGUCACUGCGGUAGUUCUGUCAGAGGCUGGCCAGACGGAGCAGAUGUACAGCUUCCAACAGCACUCUGCAAAGAACAGACUCUCCCUGAUAAACCACCUGCGAAAUAUCUUCAAAGUCAACACAGAAAGACCUCCAGCCAGUGAACUGACAAGGACAUCUCAGCACAAGAUGACCAGAACUCCCACUGGGAUCACAGCAAAUGCAGGCCCAUUGUGUGAGGAAGGUGUUAUCACAAUGGUCAUGUCUGAGGCUGGAGAUCUGGAGGAGCCUGGCCCAGAUGAGGCCACAUCUGAUAAAGUACUGAUCAUCUCCAAGUGAGAACUUACAUUGGCCUACUUCACACUCAACCCACUGAACACACACCUUCCCAAAUGAAUGUUCACAUCAAUGGAGAAACAAGGAACCUCCAAGUGCUGGAGUAACUCAGCGGGUUACCACUCUCUUCUGUGGAGGACAUGGAUAGGAGAUGCUAGUGGGCUGCACAGUGACGCAGCAGGUAGAGCUGCUGCCUCACAGCACCAGAGACAUGGGUUCGAUCCUGACUACUGGUGCUGUCUGUACAGAGUUUGUACGUUCUCCCCGUGACCUGCGUGGGUUUUCUCCGGGUGUUCCAUUUUCCUCCCACACUCCAAAGAUGUACAGGUUUGUUGGGUAAUUGGCUUUGGUAAAUUGUCCCUAGCAUGUAGGAUAGAACUAGAGUACGGGGUAAUCGCUGGCCGGCACGGACUCAGUGGGUCGAAGGGCCUGUUUCCACGCUGUAUCUCUAAACUAAACAUCAGACACCAGAAUGUCACGUAUCCAUGUUCUCCAUAGAUGCUGCCUGACCCGCUGAGUUACUGCAGCACUCUGUGAAACGUCACCUAUCCAUGUUCUCCACAGAUGCUGCCUGACCCGCUGAGUUACUCCAGCACUCUGUGAAACGUCACCUAUCCAUGUUCUCCACAGAUGCUGCCUGACCCGCUGAGUUACUCCAGCACUCUGUGUGUUAUUCAUGUCAACGCACUGAUUUUUUCCGAGCUGAAGCAGAAAAGAAGGAUGGCUUUUCCAGGGAGCAUUCUGAUCUUCAGGCAUGUACCUGUGUUGCAGCCACAGGUGUACAUUUUGAUGUGGAGUUGUUGCUGCAAUGUUCUUGUGCACGGCAAACUGUCACAGUUAGCAGCAAAAUGUUCAACCUGUUGGUGAACUUUAGAAACAUUACUUGGAGAAUGAGUAUUGGAUACAAUAUCACGAGGGGUAAUUGAUAUGGGAUGGCUCACUAGAUGGCAGCUUAGAUCAAUAUCCCAUUUAAUAGACCACCUCUAAUGAAGUAGCACUCCCCUGUACAACACACAUGGUAGACUGAAUGGCCAACUCUGCUCCUGUCACUUAUGGACUGAUGGACACCGAUGUCCACGAUCAGGAGGCUAUGACGACUGGUGUCUGAGUGCGGUGGUGUGGGACUGUGUGCUGGGAUCAGAGGGAGAUGGACUGAAGAUGGUCCAUCUGUCUCCUCAGAUCCUGGUGAACUUCUACCGCUGCACCAUCGAGAGCAUCCUUACCAACUGCAUCACAGUAUGGUAUGGCAACUGCUCUGUCUCCGACCGGAAGGCAUUGCAGAGAGUGGUGAAAAUUGCCCAACGCAUCACCGGUUCCUCGCUCCCCUCCAUUGAGUCUGUCCAAAGCAAGCGCUGUCUGCGGAGGGCGCUCAGCAUCACCAAGGACUGCUCUCACCCCAACCAUGGACUGUUUACCCUCCUACCAUCCGGGAGGCGCUACAGGUCUCUCCGUUGCCGAACCAGCAGGUCGAGGAACAGCUUCUUUCCGGCGGCUGUCACUCUACUCAACAACGUACCUCGGUGACUGCCAAUCACCCCCCCCCCCCGGACACUUAUUAUUAUUUAUUCAAAUCAUAUUCUAUGUCGCUCUUCCAGGGAGAUGCUAAAUGCAUUUUGUUGUCUCUGUACCGUACACUGACAAUGACAAUUAAAAUUGAAUCCGAAUCUGAAUCUGAGUUGGUUGAGGCAGGUACAUCGAGGGAUAUAGGCAGAGGAUAAAUGAGACUAGCUUAGAUGAGGCAUCUGGGUCGGCAUGGACAGGUUGGGCCGAAGGGCCUGUUUCUGUGUUGUGUGUGUCCAUGACUUUAUUUCUCCAGUCUUGGAACUAGAGUGGAGAUAAUCCACACGGAAUAUCAAUUAGAUAAGAACUGUUUUUAUUUUCCCAUGGCAUUUUAUUAAAAGAAUAGUUACAUCUGGUUUGUGUAUUAUUCACAUAUUGUUGAACAAAUCUGUAACAUACACUUUACCAAAAUAAAUGUGCUUUUUAAAGAGAGUUUCCCAGGAACUAAACUUCAGUUGCUGGAGCUCAGUGUGAACACUAUCAGUUGCCCAGUACAUCCACUCAUCUAUACACCAGGACCACUCACACUGCCCCAUCGGUUUAGCAACACAGUCAUUAUUGGGUUGCGAGAAGAAACUGGGGCAAGGCAAGGCAAGUUUAU